CCACGGCCAUUCAAAGCCUAGAGGACUUGUAGACCAUAGAUAUAUAGUAUGUAUCUAUGUGUACGUGUAGCCUCGACUCCAGCCCCUUGAAUAGCUGUAGAGACCAGCCCCACCCCUCUUUCUGGGAAACCCCCUUUUGCAAAAUCUACUUGUAUGUGGCUGGUUUGUUUUGAUCAUCUGUGCUAUUAAAAUGGAUGUGAAGGAAGAGACUAAGUCCUUGCUAUCUCAUGGUACAGGCGCUCCUCAAGACUGGUGCUGUUCCUUUGCUGGGCCAACUUCUCUCUAGUGAUAAUGUCGACCUGCUCAUACCAAUAGUAGGCACUCUACAAGAGUGUGCAUCUGAGUCCUCCUACCAGGGUCUGAUCCAGAGUGAGGGGAUGCUGGGAUAUUUGGUGAGAGGUCUCAAGACUGACAACCAAGAGCUGCAGAAACACUGUGCAUCAGCCAUAUUCAAGUGUGCGGAGGAGGAGGUGACACGAUCGCUGGUACACUCUCAUGAUGGACUCUCACCACUGGCUGCACUACUCAAGGUCACUGACAACAAGGACCUCCUCAUAGCCGUCACUGGGGCUGUAUGGAAGUGUAGCAAGAGCAAGGAAAAUGUCAUAAAGUUCAAAGAGUUGAAAGCAGUUGAGCAACUGGUAUCACUGUUGGGCAAUCAACCUGAAGAGGUGCUGGUGAAUGUGGUGGGUGCUCUGGGAGAGUGUGCUUCUCGAUAUGCUGACAGUAGAGUGGUCAUACGCAAGGUUGGUGGGGUAGCCCCUCUCGUUCAAUUACUCACAGGCACUAAUCAACCACUCCUCAUCAACACCACCAACGCUGUGGGUGCCUGUGCACUGGACCAGGAGAGCAUGGCUGUGAUUGACAAACAAGAUGGAGUACGGUUGCUGUGGUCUCUACUUAAAUCACCCAAUGAUGAUGUCCAAGCGUGAGCUGCAUGGGCAUGUAUUGAGAAUGCCAAGGAUGCUGGUGAAUUGGUGCGAUCAUUUGUGGGAGGACUGGAGCUCAUAGUGGGGUUGUUGAAGUCCCCUGACCACGAGGUCCUGGCUAGUGUGUGUGCAGCCAUUGCUAAGAUUGCCAAGGAUGAGGAGAACCUAGGAGUCACCACUGACCACGGUGUGGUACCACUACUGGCUAAACUGACCCAUACAACGGAUGACCACCUCCGACGUCACCUUGCUGAUGCCAUGGCCAGGUGCUGUACAUGGCGUAACAAUCGUAUUGCAUUUGGAGAGGCGGAGGCAGUAGCUCCACUUGUCUCCUACCUCAAGUCACCUGACCUGGAUGUCCAUCGCUCCACUGCCUGUGCUCUACACCAGCUCUCAAAGGAUCCUGAUAACUGUAUCACCAUGCACGAAGCUGCUGUAGUCAAGUGUCUCCUCCCUAUGGUGGGUUCCACUGACUUUGUCCUGCAAGAAGCUGCCGCUGGUUGUAUCAGUAACAUACGUCAUCUGGCCCUCGCCAAUGAGAAAGAAAAGUUCAUGUGAACUCAAUCUAUAAUAAUUAUAUAACUUGUGAGACUUGUUGAAAACAACUAUAAUUAUGCUGUAUGAUGAUACUUUGAUUGUUAUGUUUUGCUUUGUUUAAAAUACAUUUACAAAGUUAACA